AUGUACUUCAAACCACAACUUGUGCUCGCUCUUUUGGCUCUAACCCAGGCCAGAGAAACUACCAUUUUGGCGCCAAAUGCUGCUCCAUCUGCUAGUGGUGCUAGCGUCGCAGCUCCAUCUUUCCCAGGUGCCGCUAACAAUUCUGUGCCAGCUGCUGGCGGUGGUGCAAAUGGUACGUCCUUGUCACCAAAUGGUACGUCUUUUUCACCAAAUGGUACCAAUGCAUCUCCUGGUUAUGCCAAUAAUACCGCACCAAGCAGCAGCGUUGCCGCUGGUCCAGCUGGCUCUAAUCCACUGAAUGCAGUUGGUGCUGGUGGUUCUGGUACUGGCUCUCAAGGUUCUGGAUCUGGUGGUAGCCCUGGCGGUGGCUCUGGUGGUGGCUCUGGUGGUGGCUCUGGUGCAGAAUCCUCACCAGCUGCUCAAUCUGGAGCCGGUUCGGGCUCUCAAGGUUCUAGCGGUUCUGGUUCCAGUUCUCACUCCUCUGCUGAGGGUGCUAACUCUCAAUCCGAAUCAUCUUCAUCUUCUGGUGGCGGUUCUUCCGUGGCUCAAGCUGGUUCUCAGGGUACUGAUGAAGAUGGUAACCAAUCUUCAUCCCAAUCCGAGACUAACUCUGGUCCUGGUGGCUCUUCGUCUGAUUCUGAUUCUAGCUCUGAACCUGCAUCCUCGGCCUCUCCAUCUUCUAGUUCGGGUGGAUCAACUGGUUCCUCUGCUGCUCCUCCAUCUGCUGCCUCUUCUGCCGCUCCUAUUGGUUCUGCCCCAGCUAGUGGUUCUUCCGCUCCAAACCCAUCUGGUGCUCAUCCAACCAUUGCGGUUGCAUCCCCAUCGGCAUCUCAAGGUGGCUUCAGCAACAACACCGCUCCUUCUUCCCCUGCUGCAGCUGUUGCAUCUCCAUCUUUGAAUGGUACUAAUGCUGCUCCUGCCGCUAGUGUUCCUGCCGCUAGUGCUCCUGCCGCUAGUGCUCCUGCCGCUAGUGCUCCUGCUAACAACGCUACUGCACCAACUGAUGCUUCUCCCGCUCCGGCAGAUGACUCUUCUGCUCCAGCCGCUUCUGCCCCAGCCGCUAGUGCACCAGCUAACAACGCUACUGUCCCAACUGGUGUUUCUUCUGCUCCAGCAGACGCCUCUUCUGCUCCAGCCGAUGCUUCUGCUGCUCCAACCGAUGCUGCUUCUGCUCCAGCCGCUAGUGCACCUGCUGCUUCUGCUGCACCUUCUGCUGUGCCAUCUCAAGCAGCUCCAGGUAACUCUACAGGUUCAAACAGUGGUCUAUUGCGUCGUUCUCUAUUGAAGAGAGCUGAAACUGCUAUAAAGGCUGACCAAUUCAACUUGACCGGUGUCAAUUAA